CCGCAACGCUCUAUCUCUUUCGCCGAGCUCCUCGAAACCCUAGGAGCGUGCUUGACCGGCGGCGGCGAGGUGAUGGCGAUGGACCCUGACGCGGUAGCGAAGGCCUUCGUGGAGCAUUACUACCGAACGUUCGACACCAACCGCGCGGCGCUGGUUGGGCUGUACCAGGAGACCUCCAUGCUCACCUUCGAGGGCCAGAAGUUCCAGGGCCCCUCCGCCAUUGCCGGCAAGCUCGGAUCUCUCCCUUUCCAGGCCUGCGAGCAUCAGAUCGUCACCGUAGACUGCCAGCCAUCGGGUCCCCAGGGAGGCAUGCUCGUCUUCGUCUCCGGUUCCAUACGCACCGGCCCCGAGGAGCACCCCAUCAAGUUCUCCCAGGCAUUCCAUUUGCUGCCGGCCGCUGGGUCCUUCUUCGUGCAGAAUGACAUGUUCCGCCUGAACUAUGGCUAAAGACACCCGAUACUCUUGUGAUGAAGGAAUUGAUUAAGGGUUUCAUGUUGAAACGAUGAAUACUUAAUGUUGCCGCUACUCUGGUCUCUUUUGUAUCUUCUUUGUUGGCUGCUUCACUGUAUUACAAGAAAUUGCUAGACUUGGAUU